AUGGAAACCUCGAGGAAACGGAAGCGAGACGAGCUGCUUUGUCUUCCGAGCAGGUCUGAGUUCAUUGAGCGGCUGCAGAGUAUACGUGGGCUUACCGAUGCCCACAUCGAGAAAAUUACAGCUGGCCUGGGCAUGCCUGCAAUCAAGCACGACACCGGCCUGAAGUAUGAGAGAGAAAAAGGAUGCCUUCGGGACCUUCUGCUACCAGCAGCGAAGGGAGACCCGAUAAGGAUCCCUGUCAUGAGCCUAGCUGCGUCAUUGACUCAGAAGUGCCAGGCGAACAAAGCAUUCGCAGACAUUUUGUCUGCGGCUGUAAAAACGGCACCUGACGGCACCCUGGAUGCCCUGGUGUAUGUCGACGAAGCCGUCCCAGGCAACAUUGUCCAACCAGACAACCGCAGAAAAGCGUACCUCAUGUACAUUAGCUUCCUGCAGUUGGCCACGACGUUGCAGGCAGAGUAUUCAUGGACGACGGUGGGGUGCGUCAGGCAUUCUCUAGUAAAUGCAGCAGCUGGAGGCUUGGCCGGCGUCAUGUGCGAAUUCGUUGGCCGCUUGCAAGAGGAGCUCCAGGGUUUCGCAAUCCAGGACAGCGCGGGCUCGCCCGUUCUGGUGCGAGCCCAGAAGUUUUGGCUGCUCGCAGAUGAAGCUGCUUUGAGACGGACCAUGGCGGCUAAAGGUUCUUCCGGGGUGCGGCCCUGCAAAAAGUGCAGGAAUGCUUGCAACGUCGGCUACAGCAUGGACUCCUUGCAUCCGAUAACAGAGCCAGAUUUUGGGGUAUUUCGCCGCUUGCAUGUCGAAAAAUUAAAGGAAUACCUGCAACACCUGAGGCAGCUUCCCAACCAAGCCCAGCUGGAGCGAGCCCAAACCCUGCUUGGCUGGCGAUACGUGCCGCAGAGUUUCCCCUGCCGGCAACCCGACUUGAUCCCUCCGCAGCGGGUUCUCGACGACGGGCAACAUUGCUUCUAUGUGAACGGUAUAGUGAACGUGGAGCUGGGACUCUUCCUGGAUGCAGCGCUAGAAGCGGGCCUCCGAAACAAUGUCGGUCUUGCCUUUGGUCGUUUCUUUGCCGAGAGAGUGCUGGCUCCUUGCGAGUUGCUGAGGGACAACGUUCGAUCACUGCAGCUACUCUGCCGAAUUUCUAAUUAUGUGCGUUUCCUGAAGCAGUCCCGGGACAAAGCGGCGGCCCGGGACAUGCUCCAGCUGCAAAAGAAGCACCUUGAACUUUACGAGAAGUGCUACGGGACGGACAAAGUGAAACCGAAGCACCACUAUGCGAUGCACAUACCUUCCCAACUUGAGGAAAGCCAUGUUCUGGCUGAUUGCUUCCCCGCUGAGAGGCGAAACAAUCUCUUCAAGCAGGAUGUGGCACCCAGAAUGAAGAAACUAACAGGUUUCGAACAAGCUGUCUUGCUGCGACUUGCAAGGACGGAUGCCCAAAUGCAAACGUCCUUCAGUUUGCAGCCAGCCUUGGAGAACCCAAGACCUGAUGCAGCUCUGGCACUGCAGCUUGGCGUGGCCAAGGCCCUCUGCUCCAGGCGCCUGUUGUGCAGCAGCGGUGCUAUUGAAGCAAAAAAGAUCGUGUACAUCUUGGCUCCCACCCUGGCGGUCAAUGUGA